AUGCUCGCAGCACUGCUCGUCAUCUCUGCUGCCUCGGUGGGCUCACCACCUCGUCGGGUCAGCUCGUCGGGUCACCUGCUCGUGGUUCAAUGCGGCGGCACGAAUGAUCGCUUCGGACGUCUUGAUGUCGACGUUCUGCCGCGCCUGCAGGCCACGAUAGACCUCGCCGCGGCCGCGACCACAACUCGGCAUCGCGUGAGCGUGCUGACCAGCGGAGGUCUCAAUGAGACGUUGCACCUCGGCAUUGCGCGCGGGCCGGGGACGGAGCGGACGCGGCCGCACUGGAGACUGGUCGCCGAUGCGCUGCUCGAGAGCGGGCUGCCCUCCUCGGCGCUGGUCGACGAGGGCAUCCCCGCGCUCACCACGGUGGACGAGGCGCUGAUGACGCGCGACUACGUGGCGGCAAAGGAGGGUCGCUUCACUGAGGUGGCAGUGGUGACGAGCGCGUACCAUGCGGCACGCGUCGAGCACCUCUUCGGUCGCGCCCUCGCGCCGUGCGCCGGCGUGCGCAUACAGCUGCGGGUCGUCGCGGUGCCCGAGCAGCGGCUCGUCGUGGAGCCGAGCGCGUCCUCCUCCUCCUCCACGACCUCUUCCUCCCACAAGAAGCUCUCGUUGCUCGACGACCAGUCCAUCAAUAUGCGGCGGGCGCAUGAGGCGUCCGCGCUUAAACAGCUGCGCGAGGCCCCCAACGGCAAGUGGCUCACCUUCCUCAAACGACACGGCGGGCUUGGCUGCACCGCGCUCGCUCCCGCUGGCCAGCACGAGCACCACCACCAUCACCGUCGCUCCACGCAUCGCGCAGCUGCGUCUGCCGGUGGCAAGACGGAGGCUGCCGGCGGCGGCGGCGGGGCACCGUCGCCCGAGGCCUUGGCGCGCGGCCAGCGGGGCGCGUUGGCCUUCGUCUUGUGCGCGUGCUUCCUCUUGCCACUCUCAGUGGGUGUCUCGCUGCUCUGCCGCCGGCUGGGGCUCGUCUACCGCCCGCCGCCGCCGCACUCCGGCGGCGGCGGCAGCUGCGUCAACGACGGCGGCGGCGGCAGCUGCGUCAACGACGGCGGCGGUGGCUCCCUUAGGCGAAUGCUCUUCGCUGCAGGCAUCGUGUGCGCCUUCAUCGGCCUCAAUUCGGCGCUCUCCCUCCUUAACCGCUGGGCGCUCGGUGUGGUUGGCGGGCUGCACUUGCCGCUGCUUAUGACGGCCUCCCACAUGAUCUUUGGCGCCUCCUUUCUCGCGCCGCUGAUGCUGCUGCACGAGGGCUACGCCGCCACCCUCGUCGCCGAGGCGCGGGGACGCGUGAAGGCGCUCUGCCUCAUCGGCAGUAUGAACGCGCUGCAGAUCGCCCUCAACAACGCGUCGCUCGUCUCGAUCGAGCUCUCGCUCAACCAGGUGGUGCGAGCCACGGGCCCCGUUGUCACCAGCCUCCUGCUCGUCUGCCUCGAGGGCACGGUGCCGAGCCGAGCCGAGGCGCUCUGCCUGCUCCUCAUCUCGGGCGGCGCGGGCACUACGAUCUACUCGGGCUUCGGAGGCUCGACGGCCAAGGGCGUGCUGCUGACCGCGACGUCGACCCUCGCGCAGUGCCUGCAGAUCUCAGUCUCCGGCCGGAUCAUGCGAGGCCACGCCAAGCUCGACGCCUUCCAGAUGACCGCGCUCACCGGCCCCGUCGCCUUCCUCGCGCUCCUGCCGUUUGCGCUCGCUUCCGAGCUCGGCGUGCUGAGCGCCGCGCUGGCGACGCAGCCGGCGACGGCCCUCGGCUUCCUGCUUGGCUCGUGCCUGCUCGCCGUGGCCUACAACGUGACGCUCUUCCAAGCGCUCGCGACGCUCUCGACGGUCGGCACCGCCAUCCUGGGCAACGUGAAGAUCGUCCUGCUCCUCUUCCUGUCCGCGCUCUUCCUGGGCGAGCUGCGCACGUGGUCCACCGCGCAGCUGGUCGGCUUCGCGCUCACCUUCGUGGCGAGCGCCUGCUUUUCGCACCUCAAGCUGCAGAAGUGA